ACCGCUCAGAGCAGUGAUGGGAUCGGCAUCAGAGAACAGAACACAAAAGGUACCUCAUGCAAUCUGCGUACCUUUUCCGGCUCAAGGGCACAUCAACCCCAUGCUAAGGCUGGCUAUACUCCUCCACCAUAAGGGCGUCCGCAUAACCUUUGUCCACACCCAUUACAACCUCACUCGCCUCCACCAAUCCCACGGCCCCCUACCUUCCCACCCGACCUUCCGGUUUGUCUCCAUACCCGAAGGCCUCCCUACGCAGCCAGAGAAUGCCGCAAACUCCACCCAGGACAUCAGAUCUUUAUGUCUCUCUACCAGAGACAACUGUCUGGCGCCACUUAACGAACUCAUACACAAUCUCAACUCGGACGUGCCACCUGUCACCUGUGUUAUAGCAGACACCGCAAUGGAUUUCGCGCUGGAUGCGGCCGAGCGGGUCGGAGUUCCAUGUGUUAUGCUGCAGACAGCUAGUGCGGUUAGCCUCAUGUGCAAUAAAUACGUCGUGCAUCUUGUCGAAAAAGGAAUCAUACCUCUAAAAGAUCCAAUUGAGAACCCAGUUGAUGUUGCAGACAAGAGCUGUUUGGAAAAUGGAUACCUGGAAACUCCAAUAGAUUGGAUUCCAGGUGUGAUUCCUCUGCGCCUCAAGCAUUUCUCAAGCACCAUUCAAACCACUGAUCCAAAAGAUCCCAUGCUGGACUUCGUCAUAACAGCAUAUGCUCAAUCAUCAAAAGCAGCAGCCAUAGUCAUCAACACCAUAGAUGCACUGGAGCAAAACGUUUUGGCUUCUCUCUCCUCCAUCUGCCCCCAAAUCCACACCGUCGGAUCCCUCCACCUCCUCCUAGACCAACUUCCGGCAGACAACGCUCUGAAAUCGGUCGGAUUGAGCCUCUGGAAAGAAGAUCGGGCCUGCCUCGACUGGCUCGGAUCCCAACCCGAAAACUCUGUCGUCUACGUCAAUUUCGGAAGCAUUACUGUUUUAGAUCCAAAACAGCUUAGUGAGUUUGCCUGGGGACUUGCAGGAAGCGGGAAGAGUUUCCUGUGGAUAGUCCGGCCGGAUCUGGUCCGCGGGGAGGCCGCCGCUCUGCCGCCGGAGUUCUGGGCGGAGGUUGGGAAUAGAGGCUUCGUCGCCGGGUGGGCGCCGCAGGAGGAGGUCCUCCGCCACCCUGCCGUGGGAGGAUUUUUGACGCAUUGCGGCUGGAAUUCGAUUGUGGAGAGCUUGUGUAGUGGUGUACCGAUGCUUUGCUGGCCGUUUUUCGCCGACCAGAAGCUGAAUUGCAGGUACACGUGCGAGGUAUGGGGUGUCGGGAUGGAAAUCGGGGACGAUGUGAGGAGAGAUGAAGUAGGGUUUCUGGUGAGAGAACUGUUGGGCGGGGAUAGAGGUAAGAUGAUGAGGGAAAAGGCUGCUGAGUGGAGAGAGAAGGCAGCGGCGGCCGUUGCCGCCGGUGGCUCGUCGUCUCGGAAUUUGGAAAGGUUGAUUAGCGAAAUUUUAACAAUAUGA